CGCAGAAACUGUUGGGAGUGAGUGUUUCAGCAAACAGACUGGGAUAAGACACACUUCGGAUUCCUCUGGCCUUGGAAAGGAGAGCUUAGAAGAAGCCUCUAUGUUCUCCCAAGAGCUCAGCAUGAAUAGAAUUGUUGUGUACGACAAGCCCAAUUUUGAGGGCCUCAGCAAGGAGUUCACCUGUGAUAUCCCUGACCUGCAUGAAUUGGAUUUUGGUGAUUGUAUCUCCUCCUUGAAGGUGAGAGGGCAGCCCUGGGUGGCCUACAAGCUUUCUAAAUUUGAAGAGGAUGGUGUCGUUUUCGAGGAAGGGGAUUAUGCUGAGAUUGACAACAACAACAGGAUUUCAUCCCUCCGACUAGUUCACCACGAUCUCUCUGACCCCCAAAUUACACUGUAUGAACAUCCCAACUAUGAAGGUCAAAGCAAGGUGGUGAAGGAAGAGACCAACCUCGCUUAUGGUUACUUCAACGACCGUGUCUCCUCCCACGUGGUGCAAAGGGGUGUCUGGCUGCUCUAUAAAAAUGCAAACCGUGGGGGGUGGUAUCACAUCGCCUGGCCAGGGGAACGCAUUCAUGACUACAAAACUGAGAUCAGCUUUGAUAAUAAUGUCUCUCACUUGCAACCCCUGAAACCGGGCCGUCCAAUCAUCACCGCCAAGGUAUUGUGGGAUCAAAAGAAAGUAGAAGCUGAGCAUGAUGUUCUGAUUGAUGAGAUUGUGGGGACCAACUGCACCGAAUACGAACAAGCGUUCACCACCAACUCCACUCGAGAAUAUACGGCCACGGUGUUCCAGAGCUUCCAUUUCAGCAACACCACUUGCCUAAAACUCGGCUUUUCUUUCCAGGUGACCUUGGGUUGUUCCAAUAUAUUUAUAGUGGAGAAAGGCAAAAGUGAGUCCACCACCACUACUGAGAAGGUAGAGGUCCUGCUGCCUGCCAAAAUCCCUCCAUGCACUGAACUUUCCAUACAGGUGGUCAAAAAGGAGACUACCACUUCAGUGCCAGUGGAGCUCACUAUCUGUCAGAAUGGCAAAGAAAAGAAAGAGAGUGCUGAAUACCGCUGUGUUUCGGGCCGUACCAUCAGCACCAGAUAUACCAUGAAGCCUGUCCCAGCAGCAACAGGCACUUCCCAAGCUAAAGCUCAAGAAGCGUGACAGAGGAGAAACACAACUAUGGCAACUCUUGUAGAUUGACAGAUCUAGGAAAACAUUUUCAACACGGCCUGGGCCAGGGAUGAGGAAGAGAACUUAAGUUAUUUCUGAUUAGGCUCCUUUCAGAUUUGAUAUUCCUGGGGUUGCAGAUAUUUCCAGACUGAGAAGGAAGAGAAAAACAAGGCCCUGCUUUUUUCUAGACCUGGUGAUGGUUUCUGAGUUUAAAUAAUUAGGUUACGGGAAUAUCAUUAGGUUUGGAGAUAACAGUGUAAUCCAGGUGGCAAUU